AUGUCCUACAACCAGUAUGGGGGAAACCCUUACGGUAUGCCCCCAGGCUAUGGUGGUUACGGCGCACCACCACCGGGCAUGAAUGCGCCUCCAGGUUUAGGCGGCCCUCCUGGCAUGGCUGCUCCUCCCGGCAUGGGCGCCCCUCCAGGUAUGCAGCAAGCCAACGCUCCCCAAUCUGGGCGUCCUGGCGGCUUACCCGCCAGCUUUCAGGCUCCCGCCAAUAUGCCGAAUAUCAACUUCAACGCGCCCGUCAUCCGACUUGGAACGAGUACGCCGACGACAGAGGGUGGAAGAGGUGACCGAUCACAAGCCUCCGGUGGUAGACCUGGCCUUGGUAUGGAACGAGGGUCCGACCAAGGGCGAGGCGCUGCGAGAGAAGCUCCCCAAAUAUUAAUUCCGCCAACUAGCGACGAGAAGCUUCGGACGAUUAUGCUUCAUCAGGUUCCGGACGGCGUUCGCGGCGAUGAGGGCGUCCAGAAGCUUCUAGGUGCUGUUGGAGUCUUGCGCAAAUGGGAAUCUGCUGCCAGCGUGAUGGAUGACCACAAAGGCACAAGGUUUGGUUUCGCCCUGUUUGAUGACGCCGAGUCGCUGUCCAACGCUGUCAAGCUACUUCAUGAGCAGGAUGUAGAAGUCCCUGUUGAGCGACAAACUGGGUCGAGUGACGCGCCUCCCGAAGACGAUACUUUCGAGGGCAUUAAAAAGACGACGCUCCAGGUUGCAGUUGAUCCUACCACGCUCAAGUAUGCCGAGUCUUUUGAGGAGAGCAGAGCGGAGAACCCGGCUGCUCUGAGGAAACUGGAGGCUGCUCAAACAGCUCUCAAACAGGUUUUACGUGAAUUAUUUUAUCCCCCAAUCAGCAAUGGCAUGGAUGCUGAGGGUGACACUGCCAUGAAGAAUGAUGCGGACGAGAAUGUGGAAGUUGUCAAUAUCUCUAUAGCACAAGAAGAUGAGCUGGCUGACAUCCCCGCCGAGAUGCGAGAGGUCGUCGCUGGAGAAAUUGCUGCGUUCCGUGAAAGGAGUAACCAGAGAGAUUUGGAGCGGCUAAGAAAGGAGGAGGAGAUGGAGGAGAUGGAGAGGCAGAGGAACGGAGUAUCACGCCCGUCGCUAGGAGCUAACACCAUUCCCCUGGGGCCAAGAGGAGCGGUACCAAACGCUCCUUCCGGACCCAGGGGCCAGAACGGACACAAUCGCGUGUCAUUUGUUAACGGCGAAUUUGGCAUCAACCGCGCCGAGGAAGAUUCAGACGCUAGUGAUGAGGAAUUGAACCAGAGACACCUGAAGGCGCAACAAACGGAUGAUGAGAAGGCAUACAUUGAUGCCGAACGGAAAUGGGCGAACAGAGAAAGGUCGAGACAGUCAGCGCUGGACCGAGAACAAGACCGCGAGAAACAAGAAGCCGAAUCUGAGCAGCGCAAAAAGGAUGAGCAUCUGGACAUGGACAAAUCAUGGGACGAUGAACGAGAGGCUAGCCGCAAGUCACAUCCGUAUUACCGCGACCACGGCAACUGGGCCAGAAAACGAGGUGUAGACCGGGGAGAUGAAGAGGCAAAAGACGAUGCCGAUCGACGAGCUGAGAAUGACGAGCGCCGUAGAGAACAAGCGCAGCUUGAGAAGGCUAGGGGCAUGGCCGACUCGUUCUUGGAUCAGCAAGCCGAAGAGAUGGACCGUCGCGAAGCGGCUGCCGCUGUUGCUCCUCAGCCUUUCAAGCUGUCUCUCGGGGCAGCUGCACAAAAGGCGCAGGCAUCCAGGGUACCGCAGCGCCGCACAAUUGCCGAAGUGGAGGGUCUGCUGGACGACGAGGAUACAGAACAGUCUACGAAACGCCAACUCAUUCCUAUUCAAAUGGAGCCUAUAUCUGGCGCUGCUGCCAUGACAGAGGAAGAGAUAUCACAGGCUGUCAGAGCAUUGGCCCAAGAGAUUCCGUCGGAGAAAGAAGGUCUAUGGAACUGGGACGUCAAGUGGGAUUACAUGGACGACGCCGUCAUACGGGACAAGUUGCGGCCGUUUGUUGAGAAGAAGGUUGUGGAUUAUUUGGGUGUCCAGGAGGAGAUGUUGGUGGAGGCAGUGGAGGAGCAUCUGCGAAAGCAUGGUACUGCGCCUGCGUUGGUGGAAGAGCUUGAAGGGGCGCUGGAUGAGGAUGCAGAGGAUCUGGUCAAAAAGUUGUGGCGGAUGGUGAUUUUCUUUACGGAGAGUGAGAAGCGUGGACUGCCAGCAUGA